AUGGAAUUGGGUUUGCCUCUCAUUCCCGUGGUUGACAAUGCCACAUCCCAUCUGCUGGCUUCUGCCUUUGUGGGUAUUAUUAUGUGCAGAGCUGUUUAUAUUCUGACAGGUUAUGUUAGUGUUUUGUGUUUUAAAGGCUACGACAAACUCAGCUAUAAACAGAAAAUGGAAUGGAACAACAGGGGAUUCUCAACGUUCCAUGCCCUAUUUGCUGCAUCUUUGUCUCUCUACCUGUUAUUAUAUUCCGAUCUCUUUAAGGAAGAUCCUCAAGAUGGUCUGAUAAUCAACAACUACUCUUUUCUAUCAAAUUCUGUAUUAGGGAUCUCCAUUGGCUAUUUUCUGACAGACCUUGCAAUGAUCCUUUGGUUUUACCCAGUUCUGGGUGGACUGGAGUAUCUAUUGCAUCACGGGCUGUCACUCUUCUCACAAUUUCUAGCCGUCAUUAGUGGGUGUGGACAGAUUUAUAUACUCAUGGUCCUUUUCACUGAGAGCACAACUCCCUUUGUAAAUUUAAGAUGGUACUUGGAUGUUGCUGGUGAGAAAAACUCUAAACUGUACAUGUACAAUGGAGUCAUGUUGUUCUUUGGGUGGUUGGUCGCAAGGAUUCUGCUGUUCAUCUACUUCUUUGUCCACAUGUAUAUCCAUUUUGACGAGGUCAAAACGAUAUUUCCCUUGGGAUUAUGUACCUUGCUCACGGUGCCUCCAAUGUUGACGAUGAUGAACGUGUUCUGGUUUUGGAAGAUUGCAAAGGGCAUGGUCAAAACUUUAUCUAAGAGUAGACAGAGUCAGAUCCACAACCACAUUCAGUGA